AUAAAAAAGUGGAAUGAAAUGGCUGCUCUCAUUUCAGAAAAUUUUAAAUUUGCUGCUCUUUUCUUUAAAAGUAAGGAUGUGGUGAUUUUUAAUGGCCUCAUAGCCCUGGGAACCGUGGCUAGUCAGACAGCAUACAACAUUUUUGCCUUUGAGUGCCCAUGUUCGUCAAAGAGAAAUUACCUGUAUGGAGUAGCUGCUAUUGGAGUACCUGCACUAGUUUUCUUCAUCAUUGGGGUCAUACUCAAUCGAAACACCUGGGAUCUUGUUUCAGAAUGUCGCAUCAGAAAAUUCCGGAAACUAUCUGGUGCUGCAGCCUUUGCCCUGCUUGGUUCAAUAGUGGGCCGAGCAGUAGUGGCCCCUGUCACCUGGACUGUCAUCUCACUACUCAGGGGAGAGGCCUAUGUCUGUGCGCUUAGUGAAUUUGUGGACCCACUGUCUUUGGAAAACUUCCCCUCCACUCCCCAGGGCCUAAAUGUCAUGGCACGUUUUCCCUGUAAAGAUGUUCCUGUGGAGAUGCUGCGCUUCUGGGGAGAGAUUGAACGACAGCUCAAGUAUGAAUCUCAGCUGUUGGGAUGGCUGAUAGUUGCUCUCCUCUCAGUCAUGAUCUUCCUGCUGCAGUGCCUGAAGCGCUGCUGCUCUCCCCUGGGAUACCAGCAGGAGGCGUACUGGUCCAGCUACCGCGUCAUUGAGCACUCUCUUUUCCAGCGCACUGCUGAUGCUUAUGCCAAAUUCCAAGCCGCUAAGAGCGUGAAAAACUUCUUCGGGUUUGUGGCCCUGGAAAAGGAGGAAAAUGAUCUCAUGUCAGAGUGUCAGGAUGCCAAAAAUGUCAUUCCCAGCCUAGAGUGGAACCGCAUCACAGGAGUCUACUUAUACAGAGAGAAUAGGGGAACUCCCUUGUACAGUCGCCUGAUUAAGUGGUCCAGUUACACUACUGAGAACAACAUUGAAGCCACUGAGAAAGAAAUGGGAAUGUUAUAUUAAGAUUUUAAUUGUCACUAUAUUUUAAAUCGUCUUAUUAAGAAUAGCUCUUUUCAUAAGAUGGACAUAUUGCUGUACCAAACAUAAUCUUCUCAGGGUUAAGUGAACAUAAGAUGUAAAGUAACCUAGAGUAAGUUUAUUUCUUUUUUUCCAACAUGCCCUUUUUGUUGCUGAUAGAUCUCCAUAUAUCAAAAGCAUUAUUAUUCCUAUUCUUAUAUUAUUACUUAUGCAGCCAUGUAACACUGAAAACCGCCUAUAGAUGGUCAGGUAUGUAGUAUCCAGAAAGUGUGGCUAUGUUGCAUUCGAAAUGGUUAAUUAGGUUUCCAUUCACAGUGCCAGCAGUGCAUCUCCAGAUGGGUCUUGUGUUUCCUCACUUGAAGCACUGGCAGGGGGUAAAACUGCAGCAAACUCAACAUGAAACUGCUGCUAAAAAUAGCAAUAACAAGCCUCCAAAUAACCUUGAUCUUCAUAUGCAUUUUAAAAAACACAUUUGCUUUCAGCACUGUCUAUGCAUGACAUGGACUUCUAAUUAAAAUGAUCUGACUGUGACUUGA